AUGGGCUUCUUGGAGGAGGAGGGCAGCUGGAACCUGUCGUUCGCUGGCGCCGGCUACUUGGGUCUCUACCACGUGGGCGUGACCGAAUGCCUGCGCCAGCGCGCCCCGCGCCUCCUCCAGGGCGCCCGCCGCGUCUACGGCUCCUCGUCCGGGGCGCUCAACGCCGUCAGCCUCGUCUGCGGCAAGUCAGUCGGUGCGUGCUGCUCCCACCUCCUGGGCAUGGUCAAGCAGGUGGAGCGGCUGAGCCUGGGCACCUUCCACCCGGCCUACGCGCCCAUCGAGCACAUCAGGCAGCAGCUGCAGGACACUCUGCCCGCGGACGUCCACAUCCUGGCCUCCCGGAGGCUCGGCAUCUCGUUAACCCACUGGCCCGAUGGUGGAAACGUCAUGGUCACGGACUUCACCACCCGUGAUGAGGUCAUCCAGGCCCUGGUCUGUACCGUGUACUUCCCUUUCUACUGUGGGAUGAUCCCCCCUGAGUUCAGAGGGGAGCGCUACAUUGAUGGGGCUCUGAGCAACAACCUGCCCUUUGCGGACUGUCCGUCCACCAUUACUGUGUCACCUUUCCAUGGGACGGUGGACAUCUGCCCCCAGAGUACCUCGGCCAGCCUGCACGAGCUGAACGCCUUCAAUGCCAGCUUCCAGAUCUCCACCAAGAAUUUCUUCCUGGGAUUGAAUUCCCUUUUACCCUCCAGCCCUGAGAUGGUAGCCGACAGCUGCAGACAAGGCUACCUGGAUGCCCUGAGGUUCCUGGAGAGACGGGGUCUAACCAAGGAACCCAUGCUGUGGACAUUUGUGUCUAAGGAGCCCCCAGCCCCAGCUGAUGAGACCCGGGAUGCCCGAGACCAGAAGGCAGGCCUGUCUCUCAAUUGGAAAGUGCCCAACGUGCAGGUCAAAGACGUGCCCAACUUUGAGCAGCUCUCACCAGAGCUGGAGGCUGCACUGAAGAAAGCCUGUAUGAGGGAUCCCAGUCUCUGGGCCCGCUUCCGCCGCUCGGGGCCUGGGCAGGUGCUGACGUAUGUGCUGCUGCCCUGGACACUGCCCUUCGAGUAUGUCUACUUCCGGAGCAGAAGGCUAGUGGCAUGGCUGCCCGACAUGCCAGCGGACUUGUGGUGGAUGCAGGGCCUGCUUAGGACCUUGGCCCUCGAGGUCUGCUCCAGGACAAAGGCCCAGCUCCUUGGGCCGGUCAGCCUGCUGGCCACCAGCGUCCCAGACACAAGCUCCCUCCAGCCUGGGGCAGCUCCUUGCACAGACACCGCUGUGGAGCUCAGGCCCAACCAACAGGCCUGAGGGGGCCAGGCUGGGCCAGCUCAGGGACUGGUCGCCCAUGACUCCUGCUCUGGCCCUCGUCCUGCAGACCCAAAUCUGCCCCACUGAAAAGAUGCCUUGCCAGCCUCUCUGGAGCCCCUGCACGGUAGAGCCGGUUCCCUGG